AUGUAUUUCGUAUGGAUUUUGCUCAUUCCUGCUCUUGAAGCUUUGCGACCCACACCCCGCGCUAAUUGCCCGGAUGAGGAAUUGGCGCUCAAAUGUGAAACUUAUUGUUAUAAAGACUACGUCACUUGCAAGGAUUCUUGCGAAUCUAGCGGAUGCGAGAGAGAAUGUUCAUCAACUUAUACUCGGUGCUUUCAUGCGUGCCCGUGUUUCUCCGAUUGUCCACUUGGUUGUGUUGACUGCGCGAACUCCAUCUGUACUUGCGUUUCGCCCCAGGAGAAUAACAGCCUGUACAAACAGUGCAUUGAUGAGGUCACGACGGAGUUCACCGGAUGCGUGAAGAGCUGCACCGCAAGUCAAACAUGCUACGAUGGUUGCUACGCGACCUUUGCGGAAAGCAGCGAGAAAUGCCCCUGUAAUGCGAAGUGCGAGCUCGGCUGCCCAUGUGAUGAUGGAUACAAAUGCCAGCCGUUUAUCACUCUUAUUUGCCAGUACAGGACCUCGUACAAUCUGAAACACUUUGGAUAUGUUAUCUCUGCUGAUGGGCAUUACAAGGAAAAUCGAUUCUACAACAGUCCUCAAGGAAGCACUCCGUUUCUUCAAAACGCUGGUCAUGCUCUUCUUAAUGGCCAGAUGAUGAUUUAUGGCGGAAAUCAAGACUUGAAAAAGAUCGGGCGAGUCGACGGCUGCAAUCUGCGCGACACUGGGAAACGACUGAUCAACGACUUCUAUUCUAACGAUGGUGCUCUUGUAACGGUUCCCGAGGUCCACGAGGAAACGAUUUUGUGCGACGGAUUUAGUGCAAAGUCCUGCGAAAGCUUCGACGGAACGACUUCCCUGGCCAUCAGCGAGAUGAAAGAAAUGCAUCAAUCUAGCUGUAUGGCGCUUUACAAUUUCAAGGCCAUCAUUAUUGCUGGUUACACAAAUGGAGUGGAAGUUCUCAGCGUCAGCGGCUGGCAAUCAGAAGCGGAGCAUCCAGAAGGAAGACUUUUUGGACUUUCUUGCGCUUCAAUCGAUGGUGGAGUUCUUACUAUUGGCGGCUAUAAUUACAGCUAUACGAAGACAGUUUAUUUAUUCAAGAAUGGAAAAUGGACAUCUGUUGGCGAACUGAAAAACAAUUUCUACAAAGGAUCGAUGAUGAUGUUCAAUGAUUAUUUUAUUGCUUUUGAUGGUGACAGUAAUGACAAUCAAGUUGAGCGCGCUGAAUGGAAUGGCACUCACGUGACCUCAUCUCAAACCCUUUUCUCGCACGAAUCUUUCUGCAUCCGGCCAAUAACUUUCGAAUCCGAUCCAGAUCAAUGCUCUGAAUUCUGCUCCAACGAUUUCUGCUACGUCUAA